ACAUCGCAUCAGUUCGAUUUCAGAGCGAGGCGACAUUGCACAUGAAAGGACGAUUGGGCAGAACUGUUGCUGAUUUUUCGUUAUUUACACUUACACACUCCAAUUUUGUACAAUUUUCUCAUAAAACGAGUGAGCCCUCGCCCAAGGGGAUUACUCAAUCGUCUUUCGUAGCGGUCAGCGCGUCGUCCUAGUGACAUUUAACGUGGAUUUCGGGUAAUGCUGAUGUGAUUUCGUGUAUUGAAAUUCGAAGGCGAGAAGUGGUGUCCCAUCGGAUAGCUUUUGACAGGAGAGUGUAUGUGGAAGAGGAGUGUGUUGCGGCGAGUGUGUGUAGUGCAGCGACCGAGGCGAAGCGACACACAAUCAAAGCGAGCGGUGUGCAGUGCGGUGGCGACGAAAUGGGUGUGUGCAUUCGAUGUUAUCACAAACGUAUCGGAUCAAGUCCACAGUUGCACGCGACCGAUGUGGUUUUUGUCUCGGGGUGAAAUGUCAAAAGCGUCGAUGGCGUACCUCGUUCGCAUUUAUACACGAUUUGCUUUCCCAUUCUCAAUGCAUUUGUGAGAUUUUUACGAGCGGAUAAACUUUAUUCUGCUGUUUACAUACUGCUCGUCCGCCUAUUCGAUGUCAAUUUAUUGUUUAUCUGCUUGUAGAUUGCGUUAUACGAUCGCGAUUGUUAAGCGCGUCGUCGAUUGGACCCCAAAAUCGGUCGCUGACGUUGCCUGCACAACCCUGGAGGGUAGAAUCCAAUCCCAAAGUAUCAGAGGUGUAGGUGCACUGAGAGUUUUAUAUGCCAGAUAGGAAGCAGGUUUGGAGUGCUGUGUCUCUGGGCGGCGUUGGACGCGUGUGACAUUAAGCUCCAAUUCGGCUGCCACUCAAAUCCAACCUCGUGGUCAAUGAGUCGUGACUAAGAGCUUCUAAUUGGAUUAAUCUCUAGAACAGAAGAAUAAUAUUCACCUCGGAGUAAAUAAGUCGCGAACUUCUAAAAAAAAAUUGUAAUUUCAUAUUGCCGCUCACAUAAAGCAUUAUUUAUUGCAGUUUCCAGUGCAAAUGUACUUACAGCCGAUUAAGCGAAUGUUAGAAUGACGAUAAUAUUAUUUCUGAUUGAUACAUCGGCAUCUAUGUGCCAGAAAGCGUACGUAAAUGGCGUACAGAAAAGUUACUUGGAUAUUGCAAAGGGAGCAGUGGAAACCUUCUUGAAGUAUCGUCAACGAUCGCAAGAUUGUCUUGGUGACCGAUAUAUGCUGCUUACCUUCGAGGAUCCUCCAUGUAACGUGAAAGCCGGCUGGAAGGAGAACCAUGCCACGUUUAUGAAUGAGUUGAAAAACUUACAAUGCACUGGACUUACAUCAAUGGGUGAAGCACUAAAAAAUGCCUUUGAUCUGUUGAAUUUGAAUCGUAUGCAAUCAGGUAUUGAUACUUACGGACAAGGCCGAUGUCCAUUUUACCUUGAACCGUCCGUGAUAAUUGUCAUAACUGAUGGCGGUAAAUAUUCCUCUCGGAAUGGAGUACAUCAGGAAAUUGUACUGCCACUCAAUGCCCAAAUUCCUGGAACAAAAUUCACAAAAGAGCCAUUUCGAUGGGAUCAACGUCUAUUUUCACUUGUUCUGCGCAUGGCGGGCAAUCGCGUGGACGAGCGCGUUGAAGGAAAAGUCCCACAUGAUGACUCGCCCAUUGAACGAAUGUGCGAGGUAACAGGAGGACGAUCGUACCGGAUCAAAUCACAGUACGUUUUGAAUCAAUGCAUAGAGAGUUUAGUGCAGAAGGUGCAGCCAGGUGUCGUGCUCAACUUUGAAACUCUGAUUACGAAAGACUUGAAAGACGGCGAAUCGCAGGAUCUAACAUUUCAGGCGAUGAAAAAGAUGAUAUACGUUCAAAAGCACCCAACGCAAAAAACCUUUCCGAUGGGAUAUUGGCCACUGCCUGAACCCUAUUGGCCAGACCCGAAAGCCAAUACUUUGCCACCUCGUGAUGCACAUCCAAAAUUGAGGAUUUUAGUUCCAUGUGUUGAUGAACCUCAAAUUGUGCGGAAUUUUCCUGUUGAUAAGUAUGAAGUGGAGGCAAGCCCGCUCACGUUGCAGAUUCUUUCGAAACGGGAACCGAAUAAAUGUUGGCCGGUGAUAAUAUUAAGCGGGAUGCAUGGCAUCGAUGGAGUACCUUUCGGAUAUCUGAAGGCGAAUCCAAAUUUCACGCAGGUCCAUUUGUAUGUUUUGGCUUACAAUUAUCCAGCAUUGCUACCUCUACUACACGAUCUAAUUCAUAAAUUUAUGCUGAAUCCACCGAAUGAUUGGAUGUAUAAGUUCAACUCGUAUGUUCGUUCGAUUCCGCAGUAUUACUGUCCGUUUUUGAGACGAGCUCUACUUAACAUCAACGUUCCGUAUCCACUGUUGCAGUUCAUGCUCCCGGAAAACGUUGAUAACUACUUAAGUCCGAAUGUUGCGAAUUAUCUAAAGCAGAUUAAGAAUACCGCGAAACAAGACCAGGAGAACCUCUGCCUUAGGGUGUAUAAGCAGCUGAAACAGCCCAAGCCGCCUUACCGUCAAGUGGAAACUGCCAAGUUGAAUUGCGGACAACAACUAAGAAGGGAUUUAGUUCGACACCCAAUGCUGCGGGAAACAUUCAGUAAAAUGCAUAGCGAUAUUACACCUUUUGAAAACUACACAAUUGUCGUACCUUCAAUGACGAAACAACCUUCGGCUAAGAAUUAUCGGAAUCCAUUUGAAAUACCCAGGCGAGAUCUCAUCGACGAAAUUGCACGAAUGCGAGAUAAUUUCCUACGAACACCGACGUUUGGAACUAGUGUGGUGAACAAGGAUUCAGGACAUUGCUUACCGAUUGCUGAAAUGGGUAACUACCAAGAAUAUUUGAAGAACAAGGAGACACCGCUUCGGGAAAUUGAACCAACGAACGUGAGGCAACACAUGUUUGGUAAUCCAUAUAAAAAGGACAAGCACAUGGUUAUGGUGGACGAAGCAGACUUGGGAGAUGUGGCGCCGAUUAAGCCGAAUCAGCCUAACACCCCGAAGAAGAUGGAACAGGGACGCAUGCGGAAACGAAAGGCUGGACCUAUAAGGAAAGAUUAUGUAUUUCGACGAACAUCAACUGAUUCACGUUCAAGCUGCUCAUCGUUGCCGUUGAUGUCAGAUGCUGAAGACGACAGCAUGUCAGAUACGUCGUCGACUAUUUCGGACGAACCUGAUCCAGAUCGUUUAGUUGUGGUAUUUGACUUCGAUCAGGAAGGCUUCACCCUGAAUGGACACGUUCAUGACUUCAUUAAUGGAGACUUCGAUGACUCCGAUGAAAGACAGCAACCAAGCACAUCACCUAACCUUCCACCUGCCAAUGGUCUUCUAAGUAAUAACAUGAUGCCGAGCUCAAUAGCAUUUAAUCCACCUGUGAUAGGUGGCGGAGUAGGUGGUAGUGGGAAUGGACCUCCCCCUGCGGCCUCCGUGGCACAAAACGGAAAUGCGUUCUUCUCACCGGCAAGCAGUAAUCCAGCUUUUCAUGGUGGUCCAAACGACACUAGUGACGCUCAGGAAAUUUCUAAAAUUCUCCAACAAUGUCAUAAUGGUGUUGCUGAAGCAACUGAAAUUCAAAAUGCAGACAAUAAAGUGGAGCCCAUCGAUGUGGAUCAGGAUGACGACGAUGAACAAGGUCCAAUGGUGAUCGAUACUACAAAGAAGGAAGAAGUCGACGAAGAGGCAGAGGAAGAACAAAAAGAGAAUAUAAAACGACAGAAUCUGGAAACGCGAAGUAUAAUUUUCAAGGAUAUUCGAAGGCCGGGACGUGAUUACUCGGCUCUGCUGGAUCAUCUGAGCAUGAUCAAAGGCAACUUUGAGACGAAAUUCAAUUUUAUUCAAAUGUGUAUAAACGAAUCACUACGUUUUCGUCGGAAGAAAAUGGCCGACAGUAUACAGGAGUGGUGGGAAAAGCACAUGGAUGCAACACUGGGUGGGACGGAAACAUCGUGAUUUUUGUAAAUAUAUAGAUAAGAAAGAUAUUCUUUCUUUUGGAUACGAGUUAGCCGUCGUUUCAAAGACAGAAAAAACAAAACAACGGUUGAUUAUUUCUGAUAAGAUCUUAUUAGGUACACGUUUAAGAAACAUCCAGGUAUUUAGCUAGGUGUACGUCCGCGCAUCUUUUUUCAAUUCUUUGAAAUCUAAUUUUACGACAAACGAGAAGAGAACACAUGAUUAGAAGUUAGAUAAAGUGUAGCCGAUAUUUUUAACAUAUUUUUCCCCCGAAUUCACUUUUAAUGAUUGUUAUCUAUUUAUAAAAGAAGAACGAGUUUCAGUA